AUGGAGAAUGCGGCAGAGACUCAAGGAUUGAUGUCGUCGGCGGAAGGAUUCGAAGAUCUGUUGAUUCACCGCACGACGACAACUUCAACAACGACUUUGACUACAACAACGACUCCUUUACCAAUUACAAACACAACUCCUAAUCCAACCGUUCCGGUCACAACAACAAAGAAGCCCAAACCAACUCACACAACCCACGAACACACAACAAAAACAAAUCGUCCAUCAACAACACCAGGUCAGCAGCCCCCACAGUGGACUGCAGAAACCGUAGCUGAUCUUGAAGAUGGAAUUCAAGAAAAGUAUUCAGCCACAAUUACCGUUGAGUACAAAAUUCACGAAGGCAGCAAUCUUCCUGCAAGUCAUUUGCCUGUUUAUCAACCAGCUCCUCAAUUACGCUGGGAAAUGAUGCUAGAGCAGUGGGAAUCUGCCAUGUCAAGAAUUCUAGAAAUUUCAGCCGACAAACUUCCCGAAGCAACUUCGACUCAACAAACUAAACCAACCGAAUCAACAACGGCUACACCAGCAACUACGAAACCCCCACCAUAUGACACGCCUUAUUGCAAUUUGCAAAUGGAGCUUGACCGCUACUGCUCAAGAAUGAGCAGAUUCGGCGAUGGCGAGUUCAAUUGCCCAAGAGCAGAAGGAUUUGAGGGACAAAUGGUCGCCAGAUUCGGACUCAACAAAAGUGGAAAACAAAGCUAUGAAAAUGAAUAUUAUCCUUUGAAAGACAAUUUCUGCCAAUCCCUUACUGCAGAUUCUUGUCAAAACGUCGCGGGCUACGAGGGCAAAAUGCUUGCUCGUUUUGGACCAGGUCCUCCAGGAACCAAAAACAACUGGCGCUGCUAUGGCGAGUUCAAAGAAACAAACGAGCAAAAAGCAUGUCUUGAUGAAAACGGAGAAAAAUCCGUCGAAAAUUGCUCCGACCCAGACCCUGUUCCUGGGACGUUUUGCUACAAUGGACGGCUUCAGGAGAUAAUCAAGGAGAUUCGGGAUGGCGCCUGUCCGGAGGUUCUAGAAAAGGCGGCAGUGCAAGAAGUAUCGACAACGACCGCAUUUACGACUGAAACAGAAGAGAUAAUUGAGACUGAUUUUGGGAUCUUGAUUCGAAAGUAA